CAAUAAUUAAAUUUUUUGAAAUCGUUGUUGAAAUUUUAUUGUUUACGAGACAUUCAUCAAAUUAUGCCAAAAGUAAAAGUUCAAUAUCUUAAUUUAGGUGAAAGUCUCUCUGGUAUGUAUGCCUCAGACACCAGAGAAGCUCCUUCCAUACCAGAUGCCAUCAAGAUUGUCGUCAUAAUUUUUGUUGUGAUUUGCCUCUACAACAACAUGAAUUUCUGCUCGACACAAAUUGGAUUCCUUCCUUGUCUAAAAAUAAAAAUGAAAAACUUGUGUCGAAAAUGCUUGUGCUCUGAAGAUCCCUGUUGGAUGUCCUGCGUGAUUCCAACAUUUUGCAACUGUAGAAGAGAUUGCGAUCUGUUGCUCGAAUUUAAGAAUGAUUUCGUCCGGUGUUUCUGUCGAACGUCUGAACGAUUCUGUUUUCCCUGUUAUCCAAAUAGAAGCACAAACUGUUUUAUUUCGUGCUUUACGUGCUUUGCGCAACUUCCUUUUAUAGUCAUGCCGUAUAUCAGAAGCUGUGUUCUAAAUUUCCUUUGCUGUUUCUGCUACCUACUAAACAGUUGCGUACCUUUGGAUGGAUGCAUAUGUUUAAUUCUUAUAGGAUUCGUCGCUUUUAAAGUAUUGAAAUCAAUUUCUUCUAAGAAUAAAAAGAAAAAACAGAUAAUACGUUAUUCUUAUAAGUAAUCACAUUUCUUUAAUUACUAUGAAUAAAUUCCGAAAUAAAUUUCAUUUCAUUUCCUGUAUAUUUAAAAAGAGAUAUACGGUGUAUAAAAAUA